AUGAUAUUCAACUUGAAGAUCAUAAAGGAGCUUAAAACUCAAAAGGACAAUUAUAGGACUGCUCCAGGCAUUGUUUUGUUUGUUAGGCAAGGCAACGCAUAUAUGGGUGGUGCUUCAGAAUCAGACCUGUCGGUGAUAUUGCCCCGCGUUCUAAUAGUCUCGAGGCGAUGUGUUCGCAAGAACAAAUUUGUUGAUUUUGUAGGCGAAUACCACCUGGAUCUGAUCGUGAAGUACGGCGCUGUCCCGGUAAUAGUCCCGCGCGUAAGCGGCGUCCACGCCCUGGUGGACAGCUUCGGCCCCAUCCACGGAGUCCUCCUAUGCGAGGGAGAGGACAUCGACCCAUCCCUCUAUAGUUCCCCAGAUGGCAGCCUCAGCCUCUCCCCAGAGGACUUGGACGAGAUCCGUCGCAUCCACGCCUCGGACACUGCCCUUGACCGCGAGAAGGAUGCCAUAGAGCUCGCCCUUGCGAAGCUCUGCCUCGAGCGUAACAUCCCGUAUCUGGGCAUCUGCCGCGGCUCCCAGCUCCUGAACGUGGCGUGUGGGGGUUCCCUUUACCAGGACGUGGACAAGGAGUUGGCCCCAGAUGAGAGGGUGGCCCACAUCGACUACCAAAACUACGACGCCCACAGACACCGGGUACGCCUCGUCCCCCACACCCCACUGCACCAGUGGUUUGGGAUGGAGGAGGAGAUAUGGGUCAACAGCUAUCAUCAUCAGGGGGUGAGGAGGCUGGAACACAGGUUCGUGCCCAUGGCCUUUGCACCCGAUGGACUGGUGGAGGCCUUUUACGACCCGGACGCUUACUGUCCGCAGGAGGGCAAGUUCAUCAUGGGCCUUCAGUUCCAUCCCGAGAGGAUGAGGCGGGGGCAGGGACAGGGCUCCAAUUCUGAGGACUUUGACUACCCGGGUUGCCCUUUUGCGUAUAAGGAGUUUGUCAAUGCAGUAAUUGCCUAUCACAAAAGGCUUAAUAAUACCUCCACCUUUACUCUUACUAGUGUGCCCAACUCUAUAAGGCUUGAUGAGGAAAUGGAGAAGAAGAGAAAGGUUAUCGUCAAGAGCUUUUCGCUUGCACGAAAUAUUUAUCAACGUCCCCGCACAAUCACUUCCUCUAAGCAAUCUCAACUUGAGGCUGGGGCAGAGUUUCUUGAGUCAAAUACAGCUCUGAGCCUGCAACAAGAAACCAGACUAAAGCAAAUGGGAGCUACUGUAAGGAACGCAUCUUCCUACUUGGAAAGGUUGAAAGUAAAGGAGGGAAGGGAGAAAUUAGCAAGAAAAGUGAUGGGGAAUAUGACGGUUGAGCAACUAUCGGAUCUCAUGUCUUUUUACAACAUGAUGGGCCAGAUAUGUUCUGAGGUCUUAGAUCGAAAACUUCAUGACAUAGUCAAUGAGCUCACACCUUGAUGUGCAAGUGUCUGUGGUCGUUGUGGAUGUAUUUUCUUCACAUUAAUUUUAUAUUGGUAGACGAUCACAAGGAAGAAGGUUUGCAAUAAGUUUCUGUGAUAAAUCAAAUGUAUAGGAACCAAUUGGGAUGACUAAUUUAUAUUAAGGAUUUUUAAUAUACUUCUUUAUUACCAACUAGUGAGCAACCCGUGCGAUG